GUCGAGCCCCUUCUGGAGCAGAGUCAGCCCGCCCCGCCGAGCAGCAGCCGGGCUCUGCCGGUGACAGUACCAAACACCCUCCGCCUGCACAGCAGCGGAUCCGCCGGACGGGUUUGUGGGGAGAGGAGCGCGACCUCCAGAAGGAGCGACACACGGAGAAGAGAACAUUUCACUCGCUGCUCGCUGUUUUCAGAAAAGUUGUUCCCGCAACGAAAAGGCGACCCGGAUACCCGCACGACACAUUUACUGCUGGAGGAAACAUUGCCUGUGGAGAACAUCUCGCUGGAGGCCAGAGUGCAGGAGAAGAGGCUCAGAGAGGAGCGAGGUCCUGGGAUGAGCGCUCUCGGCUAUUUCUCUGUCUCCCCCAGACCUUCAGGUGGAGCACGCUGGAAGAUCUGAGUGUGUGGUGUGUCUGACGCCAUCGGGGUGCCAUGGCUUUGGUUCAGGCAUUACCUGUGACCGUGAAUGACCACCUGAAUCCUGGUCUCGACGUGCAGCAGGGCCGUCCACUAUCAUCCCAUUCCCCCACAGGGCCCUGCCCCGGCCCCUGUGGGCCCUGCAGCUCCGGGAUCGCCAUGGGUUCUGUCAGCAGCCUCAUAUCAGGCCGAACGUAUCAGGAGAGACACUGCCAGGCCGCCAGCGAAUUCACCACCAAGUCACGGCGCUCCACGCCGGCCACCAGCUGCUUCCGGCUCCAGGAUAACACCCUACGCAGCGGGAGCUCCCUAGAGCAGCUGCUGGUUAUCAGCAACCAAACUCUUGCCCCGGCUCAAGUUCUUCCUCCGCCGCUGCCCACCAAGAAGCAGCUCCGGCCCGGUAACUCUGCUGGAGCAGGUGGUGGGACCGUCGCUGGAGCAGUAGAUGGUGGCACUAAUGGAAACUUGGGGUUCGUGAGCGACGAGGUGCUAAUUGGAGACUGGAAUGACAACCUGGUAGUUGCAGCUGCAAGCCCCUGCAGUGACUCAGAGGACCAAAGGGACAACAGCACUCUGAAUGGCAACAUUGGAGGGCCUCCUCCCAAACUCAUCCCAGUGUCCGGGCAGUUAGAGAAGAACAUGGAGAAAGUGCUGAUCCGUCCUACAGCGUUCAAACCUGUCAUUCCCAAGAAUCGUCACUCUGUGCAGUACUUGUCACCACGGCCAGGGGGAAGCAGUCUGUCAGAGAGCCAGGCCAGCCUCAACCUCCUGCUGCCCCUUGGAGGGUCCAACAGCACCAGCGGCGCCAAUGGCAUCGGAGGGAGCAGCAGUUCCGGCUCUGAAGGGAAGCGCAACUCCUACAGCGGAGGUCGUAAUGCUCGGGGCAGCCAGUCCUACUCUAUGUCAGAUUCAGGGAGGAACUCCCUCUCCAGCCUCCCUACUCACAGCAGCACAGGCUACAGUCUGGCCCCCAGUGAGGGCUCCAGCUCUGGGUCUGGCUCCGGGGUUCAGCUGGAGCCCGUGACAGGCCUGGGCCGAAACACUUCAGGUCCAAGUGGGAGCCACGGACACUCUAACUCAGACAGUGGGCGUUCCUCAUCCAGCAAGAGCACAGGCUCGGGGUCGCUAAGUGGGCGCGGGCAGCCACUGUCAGACAGCGGGUCCUGUGGACACUCGCCGCCACUGGUGGAGGGCUACGAGGCGGUGGUGAGGGAGCUGGAGGAGAAACUGAGGGAACGAGACCUGGAACUCCAGCAGCUCCGGGAAAAUCUGGAUGAGAAUGAAGCGGCCAUCUGCCAGGUUUAUGAGGAGAAGCAGCGUCGUUGUGAAAGAGAGAUGGAGGAGCUGAGACAAAACUGCGCGUCUAAGAUGAAGCAAGCUUCUCAGAAGGCUCAGAGGGCACAGCAGGUGCUACAGUUACAGGUAUUUCAACUACAGCAGGAGAAAAAGAAGCUGCAGGAGGACUUCUCCUCGUUGCUGCAGGACAGGGAGACGCUGGAGAGGAGGUGUGCCACCAUCCAGAGGGAGCAGACCCAGCUGGGGCCACGUCUGGAAGAGACAAAGUGGGAGGUGUGUCAGAAGUCAGGAGAAAUCUCCCUCCUGAAGCAGCAGCUGAAGGAAAUCCAGUCUGAGCUCAGCCAGAAGGCCGGAGACAUCGUGGUGCUGAAGGCCCAGCUGAGAGAAGCCCGUUCGGAAUUGCAAGCCAGCCAGGCUCGAUCCCGCGAGGCCGGGACGGCCCUGCGGACACGAUCUCUGGAGCUAGAAGUCUGUGAGAACGAACUCCAGAGGCGCAAGAGCGAAGCUGAGUUGCUCCGGGAGAAACUGGGCCGUUUGGAAGAAGAGUCAGCCCGCCUCCGGGACACUCUUUCUAAUCACAGCGGUCACUCUCUACCUGGAAGUCUAACCAUGAAAGGGCAAUGCAUGAGCCUCUCCCUCCAACAGGGUAGAGGAAUGGCAGGGAGGGGCGGUCCCAGUCCGUCUUUGUACCGAGAUGCAGAGGAGACUCAUCUGGUCUGGGGAGGGGAGAGUGAUGAAGUCAAGGCUCAGAGGCAGAAUGCAGAAGCAGUGUUGGGAUUCAGACACCAGGUGGAAAGGAUGAAGGCUGAACUCAUGUACGAGAGGAGGACUGGCGAGGAGCAACUGUCACGGUUUGAGAAUGAGAGGAGGGUGUGGCAGGAGGAGAAGGAAAAGGUAAUCCGCUACCAGAAACAGCUGCAGCAGAACUACAUCCAGAUGUACCGCAGAAACCGGGAUCUUGAGCGAGUGAUGAGGGAGCUGAGUCUUGAGCUGGAGAACAGGGACAUGGAGGACUAUGAGGUUCACAGUGGCAGCAACGACAUCCACUUUGAGGAAAUCACCGCCACUGAGAUCUAAAAAAACACACGCUAUUAUAGUAAUAUGCACAGAAACACACAGAAGACUCUCUGAGGAUGUUAACCAAACAUUGAAGUCCAGGCCAAAUGCACUAUCUUUAACAUGUCUUUACCUGGACCACUGAGCAAGCAUUCAUCACUUGUCACUGUCAAAAGGGAAAUCUCCCAAAGGUGCGUUCUUACUUCAGUAGUCCAAUAAAUCCUUAUAAAGUGUCCCCUCUGGCACUUAACAGGUUUUACUCCUCUACAAAGCCAGCACAAAGACGUAUUUCCUUCUGUGGGAGCAAAAGCAGUGAAGAAAGUCUUUCUUCCUCAGACCACGUUCAAAUCAGGGUAUUAAAAAUAGUCGGGAACUUGAAGCAAAAUUUUUUUACUACAUGUAGGCACAGCAGUGUGGUCAACGUGCAGUCACCCCUUUUGCGAUAGCACACAAGGUUAAACACCCGGCCACCAGCAUGUAAUGAUGCAUCAUGACAGCAGUCCCAUCAACACCACCGCUGCUGGCUAUUAAUGAUGAUCUCAUCAACCGUCCAAACAACAACAGCAACUGCACUAGUCCUCCAAGUAACUACCGAAGGGAAACUAACACCAAACAUCUGCUAUUUGUAUUUCAUGGUGUUCAGAGGAUCAGCCGUUCAUUUCAUUUAAAAAAAUAUAAAAUAAUAGGAAUAUUGUUGUUCUUGUGUUUGAUUUCCUCAGCAGUGUGUAUUAGAAAAAGAAUGUAUUUUGACUGUUAUCACUCCAGAGGAAUGCAGUAUACAUGGUCAUCACAGCCAACUUGAGAAUCUGCUCGCCCAGGGAAACAUGGUAUCGUUUUGCACAGCUUUUCUGUGCAAUUUUGUUCGGGAUACAACUCGUUCUUGUGGAGCAAAUCAUUAAACUUCAACAGACCAGUUUUGACAUUCAAAUGUGGACAUCCUAAUCUGUCAUUUCCCAAACCACGAGGACACAGAAACCAAGCGUUUAAAAGACGCUGCUCAUGUUUGCUAGACCACCAAUGUCUCUAUGUCUGCUCUCUCUUUCCAUCUCUAUCUCUGCUUUUGAUUCAACUAUUUUUAUAACAGUCAGCAGUCGGUAUCAGGAAGCUAAAAAUGGAGUAUAUUCUUUCAGUUCGGUAGGGACAACACUGAGAGAGUUAGGGCAUGCUUAUUCAGAGUUUCCUUUUUUUCUCCUUCAUUCCCAUUAGUGCUCUUUAUUUAGCUUUUGCCAGCCGAAAGCCAAAUAUCACUUUUAAAGUCUUCUUAGUUUCCCCUGGACUAUAAUCUUCACUGACUGCUAUACAGGUAGCAAGACUGGCAUGCCUGCAUGUCUUUGUUAUAUCAUAUUUUAGAAGAUGGUGGUUCAGAUAGCAGUGAGGUGAGAAUGGGCAGAUGCAGUAGCUCCAGUGUCCUCGAGGCAAAUAUUAAACCGGUGGGGAGCAUGUUAACAUUUGAAGCUGUUUUUCACAGUAAAGGCAGGGCUGUGUAUAACACGGAGCAUGAUGGGUCUCUACGGGGAACAAAAGUAGUGGGCUGAGAACUUUUAUUUUACAAAGAGUCUAUAUCAAGGAAUAACAGUGAAAUGGAAAUCUAUAUAAUGGAGAUGUUGUAUAUUUUUCUAUAUAUAGCACCUGAAGAUAUUUUGUUGGAAUACUGAUAUAAGUGUAGGUUUAAUAUACAACGUAUAAAAAAAACGUCUAUAUGUACAUAAAUAUAUAUAUCACAUACCAAUAUUUCAAAUGAUGGAUCAGUUGUAAAUGGAGGCGGCAGCAUAGUGCACCUAAUACUGUAAUGCAUGAAAAUAUGUUUACAUUAGUUAUCUGUGUGACACAAACUCUUGCAGCUGAUGAACAGUUAUGAGCUUUUAUUUUAGCUCAGUUUUGACCUGUUGUCUCUCCAUUUUGAUUGAUCUUUCAUUUGAUUGUCAGUAUCAUAAUAUCGCACCGAUUCAUGUCUUCGUCUUUGGGUUUUGCGCUCGCCGUUAGUUUGUAAAAGCAUGAGAUGGGUCAUUUUUGAGUGACUUCUUCAUUAAGUUGAGGUCAGAGAGGAUGCAAACCAAGAUAAUGUUUUGUUUUUUAUACUUGAAAACUCAAUCGAAUCCCUUUUCAGAAAAUGUGAUCAGCAUAUUUGAUCAGAUCUAUAUUUUGCAUGACCUCACCACCUCCACUGUGGUUUGAGAGAUUUUGUAGAUUAUUACAAGCCUGCAACAAUUUACAUAAAGCAAAUGGGAAGGGACUUUGAUUGGAGCACGUUAUGUUUGUCCCACCUUAUUUAGUUUGUUAACAAGACCUAGACUGUUACUCACUCACCACAGAUGAUGUUCAGAUUAACACAGGAGAUGCAAACUGCUUUUUCCUCACAUCUCAGUUCUCUUCAUCGUUGCAUAACUGUUUCUGUGUAAAUAUGUAAAACACUUUAUAGUAUAACAGAGUGACAUUGUCUUUUAUUUAGACAACAUAUCUAUUUCAAAUGUAGCCACUGUGACUAGACCAAAGCAACGUAACACAUUUCCUUCUUCUUUUUUUGUGGCAUUUUUCUCAUCCUUUUGUGUGCAUUUUUUAAAUGUUUACUUACAUUGUGUCUUCAGUAAUUCAUAAAGUAUGUAGUUGUCCAUGUAUAUUUUUAUGUGUACAUUUCUUGUACAAAUGACUGUGUUUUUAAUUAAAGAACAAGUUGUCACACCUUAAAGUUACUGUUGAUUAAACUACUUUUUUUUUAACCUGAAACACAUCAAGUGUAAGCAAAGUAUACUGAAUGAGUGUUUAUUACAGUUAAAUCAAAUACUUGAAAGCACUUUGUAAUAUUUCAAAGGCAUAAACAUGCUCAAUUUCAUUUUAAAAUAAAAUUGCCUGUCUGAAUUGAAACAUUU